GUAGGUCAGUCAGUGUUAUGAGUGAACGCUGUAGUACUCAGGAGGAGCAGAUUACUUCAGAAAUUUGACCAUGAGGACACAACGAAACGCAGCAUCAGAAGUGCACGCUUAUUUCAAGAUUUCCAACAGCGUGGAAAUAGCCAGACGGUUGGAGAUAAACUAAUAGGAUUAUGAGGAGCACAACAAACCGAGAGCCAACAGAGACACUAGACAAAGGAGAGCACCAUUUCCACAAAAACACUCCAUAACGGAGAAAACAAAGCACAACAACUGUUUUGACACUUACAUUGCUUUCUGGUUGUCGCUAUAUAAACAGGACAUACCGAACUGAAUCCGGUCCUCCGUGGAUCAGCAGGGAAAGUAAGCUGGAGUGGUCGAAAUUCACUGAUUUACUUCUUCUCUGCAAAUGGGUGAGCAGCCACUCUUCAGCAUGAAGGCACACGUCUUCCAAAUUGACCCGGACACUAAACGAAAUUGGAUUCCGGCCAGCAAACACGCCGUCACAGUCUCCUUCUUCUAUGAUGCUGGAAGGAGUGUGUAUCGCAUCAUCAGCGUAGGAGGUACUAAGGCGAUUAUCAACAGCACCAUCACACCUAAUAUGACUUUCACGAAAACGUCACAGAAGUUUGGCCAGUGGGCGGACAGCAGGGCGAACACAGUGUAUGGCCUUGGGUUUGCCACAGAGCAGCAGCUUCAGCAGUUCUCAGAGCAGUUUAAAGAGUUUAAGGAGGCUGCUCGUCUCGUCCGGGAUAAAUCACAGGAGAAGUUUGAGCUGUUGAGUCCUGGCCUAAACAUCUCUGCUCCACAGCUGUCUCAGGCGCUGUCUGUGGACCGUCAGUCUCCUCCGCUGCUUGGUGUCAAUGGCUCUAGUGAGGACAAGUUGUUUCGCAGCAAGAGUGCUGACAUGGAGCAGUGCAUGGAAAAAGAACAGAUGAGGAAGAUGCUUUCCGAGGGGUCGAUAUGUGAGAGGAACUCGGAAGCAGAGCUGUUUUCUCUUCGGGACAGCAACGCUAAGCUUGUAGCCGCUCUUCAUGAAGCUAACAGCAACAUUGAACAUUGGAAAACACAAUUAGCCGAGUAUCAGGAAGAAACCGAUCGCCUCCGAGAGCAGGUUUCAGAGCUGGAGGCUCAGAGCAGGGUUUCUGCUUCCGGUGAGACGGGGAAUGAGGAGCUCACACAGUCUGUGGCAGAGAUGGAGGCCCUUAUCAAAGCUAAAGAUGAGGAAAUAAAGACACUGCGGGGCAAGAAACCAGAUUUAAGUGAGCUGGAGAAAGAAAAGGAAGAGGCCAGUCAAAGGAUGCAGGACCUGGAAAUGAAGAACUCAGAGUUGGAGAAACAAGUGCAAACAGCAGAAAGGGCUUUAGCGUCGUCCCAGGAUUCCCGCAACAGGGCAGAGAGUGCUGUGCAGAAGGUCAUUGAAACUUUAGACGUCAAGAUCUACGAUUUGAGCGACCUGCGACAGAACCUAGCCAAGCUCCUGGAGGAUUGACCACUGCAGUUGAACAAACAUUGCAUGGCAAAACCACCAAAAUGAGGUCGAAGAGAACUUGUUCUCUACUGGAAUGUUCCCAAGCUGCACAACUCGACGGUUCGUCAUGGUACUAGACUGGUAGUAAAACCUAGAGGUGAUAAGUAGCAUGACAAUAAUAUAUUUGCAUUCACAUUCCACAUUUUCUCGCUCAUAGAACGGAGAAUGUUUGAUUAAAUUAGUCACGAGGAAAACCAUAAAGAACCGUCCAAAAGACUAGCUUCUUUUAGACCUGUUUUUUUGGUACUAGAUAUCAAUAUAGUUGAAAUUGUUGUUGAGAUCUGUGAUUUGGUUGUGACUAGGUUUCUAAAUGAGUAAUUCGAGUAAAAAUUAGAACAGAACGUUCUGUAGAUAUAAGCUACUGUUCAUGUAUUUACCAGUAUUAUUGUUAGAUACAUAAUUAGAACUGAAGAAUGAAAAUAUCUCAAUAUUUACGGACACCAGCAUGUCUCUGUUAGGACAUUUAAGUGAUUUAAUGGCUCGUUGAACUUGCAGUUUUCCUUACAUGCCUCAUAGAGUUUGCUUAAUGCAAUUGACAACAUGAGGAGCAGGGAAAUCAAAGCACAUAGCACUAACAAAACAUGAUAUUUCUCUUAGUAACAAAUGAUAACGAGCGAAUGAUUAACCUUGACUUCCCUAUUUCAUUAACUAGUUUAUUCAGCAUUUUAACUAGUCUGCUGCAGUCUGUUUAAAUAUGUAGUUAGUUCUCAAUCUAAUGCAUUUCUGUGAGGAUAAACUGGUUGGCAGAGUACUCCGAUUCAAUUUUCACUGUCUGAUUCCAUUAGUUCAGAUUGACACUUCUAACAGCUACAACCCUUAAAGAGAUAGUUCACCCAAAAAUGAAAAUUCUAUCAUCGUUUACUCACCUCUCUAUGUGUUUAUUUGUUCUGCUGAACAAAAAGGAAGAUAUUUGGAAGAAUGUUUUAAUCAAACAGAUCUCAAUCCCCAUUGACUUUCAUAGGAAAAAAUACACACUAUGGUAGUCAAUGGGGAUUGAGAUCUGUUUGAUUAAAACAUUGUUCAAAAUAUCUUCCUUUGUGUUCAGCCGAACAAAUAAACACAUAGAGGUUUGGAACAACUUUGAGGGUGAGUAAAUGAUGAAAGAAUAUUCAUUUUUGGGUGAUAUAUCCCUUUAAGAGUUUUUAUAGAAUACUAGUUUUCAAUACGUCAGCAUGCAUCUUUAUACAUACCUUUAUAUAUUUAGUUUUACCUCUUUAUAAAAACAUGUCUUUAGCCUAAACAUUCACUUUAACUGUUGAUGUUUCAUCGCUUGGACAGCUGCCCUAUAACCUCAAAGACAUUUGCACAUAUACUAUUUUUCUAUUGUGUGCCUGUUAUUGUUGGUUUUAUAUGAGUUCCCAAUAAAAGUAUUUGCUUCAUGUG